UGGCUUUCAGUGGAUUUUGUGAAGAUCUCAACAUGUUCUGGCUGAGCCUUGCUCUUGUUUUUAUAGCCAUUUGGCUUGUGUAUGCAGAUCGGACAGACUAUGAGGAACUGGACGCAUCGGAACAGUUGGAAGAUAAAAUGAUGACAGAGCGCAAAGAAGUCUGCCUCAUAACCCGUACGUCCUACGGCGACUGCAAAGGAAAGCGCAAAAUGUGGCACUUCAAUGCCCGACGAGAUAAAUGCGAAUCGUUCAUUUAUUCAAACUGUGGUGGAAACCGGAACCGUUUCUACACCCGUCAGGAAUGUAUGGAAUUCUGCGGCAACUACAAUAUGAAAAGAUUUUUGCAAAUAUUUUAGGAUUGA